AUGUCUGCCCCUGUCUUGAAUCUCACAGCCCCAAACGGCACCAAGAUCAGCCUGCCCACUGGCCUCUUUAUCAACAACGAGUUUGUGAAGGGGAACGGUAGCGCCAAGAUCACGGCCAUAAACCCAAGCGACGAAUCCGAGAUUGCCUCGGUCGAAGCAGCGUCGGCCGACGAUGUCGACAAGGCGGUGAAAGCAGCCCGCGCGGCGCUCAACGGCCCCGGCUGGGGAGACAUCUCCGGCACCGACCGCGGUCGGCUCAUGUUCAAGCUCGCCGACCUCGUCGAGGCCCAUGAAGCGGCUCUGGCGACCCUCGAGACGUGGAACGGCGGGAAACCCUACAACGUGGCCCUGGGCGAGGACGUCGCCGAGACCAUUGCCACGCUCCGCUACUACGCUGGCUGGGCCGACAAGAUCCACGGCGAGACGAUCCCCACCACCCCCCAGAAGUUUGCCUACACGUUGAAACAGCCGGUUGGGGAAGCUCGGUCCCGCGUUGGCGUGUGGCAACACUGUCGUUCUGAAGCCUGCGGAGCAGACGCCUCUAUCGGUACUUUACUUCGCAAACCUGGUGAAGGAGGCCGGGUUCCCCCCGGCGUCAUCAACAUUGUGAAUGGUCUGGGGAGGGAAACGGGCAAUGCACUGGUUUCCCACACCGACGUCGACAAGGUCGCCUUCACGGGUUCCACGGCAACCGGACGCCAAAUCAUGAAGACUGCCAGUGUCAAUAUCAAGAACAUCACCCUGGAGACGGGCGGCAAAUCCCCUCUCUUGGUUUUCAAGGACGCCGAUCUCGACCAGGCCGCGAAGUGGGGACAUGUCGGCAUCAUGAGCAACCAAGGCCAGAUUUGCACGUCCACGUCGAGGAUUUUGGUGCAGGAAGAGGUCUACCAAGACUAUGUCGCCCGCUUCAAGAAGAUCUGUCUCGAGAACAAGGUCGGCAACCCCUUUGAUGACGACACGUUCCAGGGCCCUCAGAUCACCAAGGCCCAGUAUGACAAGAUUCUGGGCUACAUCCAAGCCGGAAAGGACGAGGGCGCCAGCCUGGUGACAGGAGGUGUCCCUUACAAGAACGUCGGUGACGGGAAGGGCUUCUUCAUCGAGCCCACCGUCUUCUCUGACGUCAAGAAGGACAUGAGAAUCUUCCAGGAGGAAGUCUUUGGGCCGUUCGUCGCCAUCACACCAUUCAAGACGGAAGAAGAGGCGGUGGCGCUGGCGAACAACACAUCCUAUGGGCUUGGUGCCGCGCUGUUCUCGAGAGACAUUGAGAGAUGUCAUCGCGUCGCCGCCCGGCUGGAGUCGGGUAUGGUUUGGAUCAACAGCUCCAACGACUCUGACAUCCGAGUACCCUUCGGUGGUGUCAAGCAGAGUGGCAUCGGCCGCGAACUGGGUGAAGCCGGUCUUGCUGCCUAUACGCAGACGAAGGCUGUGCAUGUCAACCUGGGUCUUGUCUUGUAG